GCUGCUUGGCGGUUGACAGCUGCAUGCGAGAAAUUCAGUAACUUCGCGACUUUUGGCAACACCAGUUCGAUUUAUUUAGAACGCACUAUAAAAAGAGAAACUUCAAAACAAAUAAAAAAAAUAGUAAAAAAAAACAUUUAAAACGUUAAACUUUUCGUAAUUUCAAAACAAAAAAAUUUAGCUGCAUUAAAAACACACAGAGAAAAUUGUUAUAAAAAUGAAGUCGCUAUCUCUGAUCGCCAUUUUGGCUCUCGCUCUUUGUGUUGCGUACGUGCACGCCGACUGCGGUGAAGAUUCCUCAAAGACUUCCGAAGAAGGUGAGGUAACGCAUUUCUUCAAGAACUUGGGCUGUAAAAUACAAAAGGGCGCCGAAAACUUGCAAGAGAAUGCCAAGCCGUGGACUGACAAAAUUGGUGCCUCGGCCAAGGAAUUCGGCAGUACUGUUGCCCAGAAGUAUGACGAGCUGAAGCACAAAUUGACGGACGACAAUAAAGCCGAUGGCCCAUCAACACCAUUCCCAGUGGCUAAUGCGCCUACCGAGAAGGUGCCCUUAGCGCCGUUGAGUGGCGGCGAAGCAGCAUCUGCAGCCGGCGGCAACCCAGCUGCGGCUACACCUGUGGCAGCGGCUGGCAAAGACGCAUGAAUGCCCCAGGGGGCAAUCGCUUGACCAUCGACGUCAGUGUCGUCCCAAUGUUUAAUGUACAUACAUACAUAUUUCCGAAUUAACUAAUUUUAGUAGUCUGAGCGGAGCAGUGAAAUUCAACGCAUGGAGAUUUAAGCGGUGUAUUUGUAGCGUAAACACCUCAAAACAGAUGACUGGCAUGAAAAUUAAUUAUUAACUCAUAAUUAACAUAAACAAAUAUAACAAUGAAAUUUUGUAAUUGGUAAGACUAACACAUGUUGAAAAUUGGCAAAGUACUUUGAGGAAAUACACGUACAUUCACAUACACAAAUGAAUUUUGUGGAUAAACAUUAAAC